CAUUUAAGUGUGGCGACAAAAUAAAAAACGGUUAUUUAGACAAAAGCUGUUCAAUGAUGGUAGGCAGUACUUGCAACUAUUAUUGCGAUAAAUUUUAUGACCCUGCUGAUAAAAAGGGGCAGGCGAAAUGCGAAUCUUCAGGAUGGACUCCCACUGAGCUUUGCAAAGAAUCAAUCUGCGAAGAUACCUCUUUGACAAACGGGAAAGUUAUUGGAAGCUGCUCAAAGAAGAUUGGGAUAGAUUGUGCAGUUGAAUGUAACCAAGGCUAUGUAAAUAUGACAGACAAAGCAUUCUGUAGAAAUGACAAGAAGUGGUAUCCCCUCAAUGCUUGCACGGAAUACACGUGUAGUGUAACCAUUGCAAAUGGAGCGUUAGAUCAAAGCUGUUCUAGAGCUGUAGGAAGCACAUGCAGUUACAAGUGUGACAAACAUUAUAAUGCUACCAGCACGCAGGCCACAUGCACUGCUGAUGGAUGGAGCACAGCGUCCGGCAAUCUUUGUCAAGCUGUUUCUUGUCCCUCAUCUGUACCUAAUGGAAGAAUAUCAGCAACAUGUGACUUGACGGUAGGGUCGACUUGCAAUUACAAAUGCAACUCUGGGUACGAGGCCACAGAGAUUCAUCCAAAUGUAACGUGUAAACGCACUGGAAAGUGGGUUACUGACAACCUUUGUUUAGUGCCAUCAAAGUCAAAAUCUGCGGGGUUGUCAGUACCUGGUGCUACAGCAGGAUUGUCUGUACUAGGGAUUCUUGUCCUUGUUCUAAUUGUUCUUGUCGUUUGUUUAGUUUGGAGGAAGAAGAGAAGUGCGUCAAAAUAUAGCAAUUUCGAUGAUACAAGUAGUGUUGCAAUAGAAAAUCCCGGGUACCGGCAGAGACGCAGUUUUCCUGAUCCCGAUAUGGAUGACCCUCAAUACGUAACUUCGGAUGUUGCCCAGAUGAAGCCAGUCACGACAACGUCAUUCGCUUCCCCGGCUGUAUUAGAUGAUGGUAAUCUAUGAGAGAAGUGCUGUUGGCAGAAAAUGCGUUGUUGCCUAUGAAAGGAAUCUAUGGACUUAAUCUAUUACAUUUGGCAACAUAUGUCACUGAUUUACUUCUUGCAUAAUAAUGUGUCCGAUUUUGUAAAUCUCAUACUUUUAUAACAAUACAUUGUAUUAUCAUUUACAUAAGUUAUACGUAUUAUUUCAUUUUAAAGAAUCAAAUUUAAUAGGGUAGCAAAAAUACCCAGGCUGUUCUAGAUGCAGUAGCUAAACUGUGCUCUGUUGUAUUCAAAGUGAGUUACUGCCGUGGUCCAGAAUACUACGACCAGAUGAAAGUGAUUAUUUCUUCACUUUAGUAUUUAGAUUUCUGAAUGCAACACAAAGGGCCAUCAGGCUGAACCUUGUAUUAAUAACCAUUCAAUAAAGGAUUUAAUCAUUAAAACAAAUAUGUGUUAACCAUUUGAAAUAAGUACCUAUCUGAUUCAAGUGUCAAAUUGUGUAGAAUUGUCAAUGGUCAAAUCUACAUAAUCUGUAGAAAUAUCUUUUUUGCUGUGUUGCUUCCAUUUGACAGUUAUUCGCAAUUUUAGAAUCUCGUGUUUAUACCCUUUCGCCAUCGCUUUAUGCUUCAGAAUCUCGUUUUGUCUGUUUUAAAGACAUAUCUAACUGAAUAGUACACAUUUAUAAUGUCAAGUCUUUGAGAGGAUAUUAGUGGUCAGUUUUAAUGUUUGUAUGCAAGUUAUUAUAUUUAGCUGUUACAUUAAGAUAUUUUAAUAUGAAUAAGGCAAAGCCUCAACCUAGCUGUCUGACAGAAUUUAUUAUACAUGUACAUAAUUAUAUGUAACACUACAGAAUUUAUUAUUCAUAACUAUAUGUAAGUAUAUAUCAUGUCUUUAUUAAACCCAUCAGCUGCAUUUUUUUUCAAGAAGUCUGCACAUUUUCGGCCGACUAAUUCACUCAUCACUUCUACACUCUAUUUUCUUUUCGUUUAAAUACACGGCUAUUUCAUAUUUCUUAUGAUAUCUAAUUGAACCCACCCGUCGUGGAACAUAAAUUCGCUUAAGAUUAAGUUUAGGGAUUGAUAAUUUCAUUUCGAAAAAAGGAUAUCGUGAACGGGAGCCUACCGGAAGUUGAUAUUCACUCGGCGUCUAUCUCAAUUUAUUCUAUCUCUUUUAUUAAAUUGCGUAAAAAUGUAAUUAUUUUGCCUGUACUUUUAAAAAUGCAAUUAUUUUGCCUGUUCUUUAUCAUAAAUUGUUCCAUAUACUUGAAUCAGUCAAAUUUUUUACGUUUUUACAAUAGUUUUUUUAUAAAACGAUCCCAUUUCUGGAAAUUUUAAUUAAAAUUAUGAAUGUGAAAGGGAACAUAGAAUCUAUGUGCUCAAAGCUAUUGUACAAGUUGAAGUUGUUGUAGUUAGUAAUGUUUUUUACUUGUGCUGCGCACCAAAGAUGUGA